AUGUUGGGAAAACAUUCGAAAUUAUUUUUCACGGUUUCUAUUUGUGCUUUAAUCGUUUCCAUUGUAAUAACCACAUGGGGUUUUCCUAAAAUCAUCAAACGUCAGGUACAAAAGAAUGUCCAAAUCGACAACUCAUCGGUAAUGUUUGAAAAAUGGCGAAAACUCCCAAUGCCUCUCACCUUCAAGGUGUAUAUAUUUAACGUCACGAAUCCUGAUGAAGUCAUUGACGGAGAGAAGCCAAAACUUGCCGAAAUUGGACCAUAUGUUUAUAAGGAGUACCGAGAAAAGACCAUUCUGGGCUACGGCGAAAACGACACCGUGCAGUACAUGCUGAAGAAGUCUUUCGUCUUCGAUGCGCAGGCAUCAGGGACACUGACAGAGAACGACGAGCUCACUGUCAUCAAUUUGACUUACAUGGGAGUGCUACUGACGGUGAAUACUAUGAUGCCAGCCAUAGUUGGCGCGGUUAACGAGGCUCUGGGAAGCUUCUUCGGUAACUUAACAUACCCAUUCAUGCAGAUAAAGGUGAAGGACUUGCUGUUCGACGGAACCUAUCUGAACUGCGACAGCGAGAGUUCUGCUUUGAGUUUGGUCUGCGGAACUUUACGAGUAAAGAGACCAACUACAAUGCGACCAUCAGAUGACGGCAAAGGAUAUUACUUCUCGAUGUUCGACCAUUGGAAUACAUCGAUCGGUCCAUACGAAAUGGUGCGAGGUACGGAGAAUGUUAAUGAGCUUGGUCACAUAGUUUCAUAUAAGGGAAAGCGCACGAUGAAGGAAUGGGGCGACCCGUACUGCGGCCAGAUAAACGGCUCUGACGCUUCAAUCUUCCCGCCGAUAGACGAGAGCAAUGUACCAGAAAGGCUGUAUAACUUCGAACCGGAUAUUUGCAGGUCGUUAUUCGUGAGCCUGGUCGGGAAGCGGUCCAUUUUCAACAUGACCGCCUAUUAUUACGAGUUACCAGAAUCGGCGCUGGCUUCUAAAAGCGCUAAUCGAGACAACAAAUGCUUUUGUAAAAAAAAUUGGAGCGGAAGUCACGACGGUUGCCUCCUAAUGGGCGUGUUGAACCUGAUGCCGUGCCAGAGCGCGCCGGCAAUCCUCUCCCUCCCCCAUUUCUAUCUUGGCUCUGAGGAGAUCCUGGAGUACAUAUAUGACGGUGUCUCGCCAGACAGUAAAAAGCAUAAGAGCUUUAUUUAUCUCGAUCCGGUAACAGGAGUGGUGAUAAAAGGAGCACAACGGAUCCAAUUUAACAUAGAGCUUCGCAAUAUGCCGACAGUACCUCAACUGGAAAAAGUGCGGACGGGAAUCUUCCCACUAUUAUGGUUUGAUGAGAGUGCAGAAAUACCAGUGUCCAUUCAGGAGGAACUGAAACAUUCACAUAUGUUAUUAAGUUACGUAAAUACCAUCCGAUGGGUGAUACUAGUUGUUGCUGUUGCAGCAACAAUAGCAGGUGCUAUAGCAGUUGCUCGUUCAGGAGUUAUACCCGCUUGCGCUCCUCAUAAUAGCGUUAGUUUUUUAAUGCAUCCUGCUCAUGCAGCCACACUGGAUAUUAAUAAGCACUAA